ACGGCGCAGCCUUUCUGAGCAGACAUAAAAUCUUAGUUUGCGGGGUUCACUUUCAUAGAUCUCAGCCAUGGGAAUUCUACAGCUCCUCCUCAUCUUCUUCCUAUUCCCCAUUACCACCCCCUCCUUCUCUUGUUUGAACUUGCAGUAUUCUCUGAAUUCUCUCACAUUACCACACCGAAAUUCUUCAUCUAAAGAGCACAUAACUGGGCUGGCUAAUGAUCCAAUUACAGUGAACUGGAUGAAGAGGAUACGGAGGGAGAUUCAUGAGAACCCUGAACUUGCAUAUGAGGAAUUUGCCACAAGCGCGCUCAUUAGGCGUGAGCUUGAGCAGCUGGGUAUUGGGUAUCGGUGGCCCAUAGCCGGGACUGGGGUUGUGGCCACCAUUGGUUCAGGGUCUCAACCUUUUGUUGCUCUGAGGUCAGAUAUGGAUGCUUUGCCUAUUCAGGAAAUGGUGGAAUGGGAGCAUAAGAGCAAAGUAGACGGAAAAAUGCACGCCUGUGGACAUGAUGCACAUGUCGCAAUGCUCCUUGGUGCGGCAAAAAUACUUCAAGAAAUCCGAGAUGAAUUGCCGGGAACUGUUGUUCUUAUAUUUCAACCAGCAGAGGAACGUGGUGUAGGUGCAAAAGCCAUGAUCCAAGAAGGAGCGCUUGAAAAUGUGGAGGCUAUCUUUGGGGUUCAUGCAGUUAUUGAGUAUCCCACAGGCACUGUUGCUGCACGAUCUGGAGAAUUUCUAGCUGGGUGUGGAGGCUUCAGGGCAAAGAUCAGUGGAAGAGGGGGUCAUGCAGCAGUUCCACAACAUUCUAUUGAUCCCAUCUUGGCAGUUUCCACAUCAGUAGUUAGUUUGCAAAAUAUUGUUUCCAGGGAGACAGAUCCUUUGGAUCAUCAGGUGGUUUCUGUAGCCAUGAUCCAUGGAGGGACUGCAUUUAAUGUCAUUCCAGAUGCAGCUACUAUAACUGGAACUUUUAGAGCCUUCAGCAAGAAGAGCUUCUAUGCACUCAGGGACAGAAUAGAAGAGGUUAUCAAAGCACAAGCAGCAGUGCAUCGGUGCUCAGCUGAGAUUGACUUCUCAGGAAUGGAACUGCCCACAAUUCCUCCAACUAUAAAUGAUAGGAGGAUUUAUGAACAUGCAAGAAAAGUCUCCAGUGAAAUGGUAGGUGAAGAAAACACCAAAACAUCUCCAGUCUGCAUGGGCAGUGAAGAUUUUGCUUUUUACUUGGACAAAGUACCUGGAUCCUUCCUUUUUCUAGGCAUGAGAAAUGAGAAGGCAGGAUCCACAUAUCCUCCACACAGCCCUUACUACGUCCUCGAUGAGGAAGUGCUUCCCAUUGGGGCUGCAAUACAUGCCGCAUUUGCACUUUCUUACCUUUCAGAUUCGAACAAUAAUUUUCACUUCCAUGGUAGCUAAGUAGUCCCUGUAUUUGUUCUCUCACAAUCUUCCAAUCUACGGUGGUCUACUGUAAAAUCAUCUUCCUCCUGGUCUGUUUAAGCAGCGGGGCUUGUUGAAACAUAUGUUGAAACUGAACCUGCAGAAUUCAUGCGGGGGACUAAGAUGUAGGAUUCCCCCUCUGUGUCAUCUCCUUGAUUUAUAAUGUUCUAGUUGACAACAGAUUGUCUCUUGAGAUGUUUUA